AUGGAAGUUAGGGGCCCGUCCCGCAGCGGGGAUGUCUCGAACCGCGCAUACCAGCGGACCUACAAGGCCUGUCUCUCCUGUCGUCAACGAAAGGCCAAAUGUGAUCUAGGUACCGACUCCGACGGCCUUCCGGUGGGGCCUCCAUGUGCAAAGUGUCGGAGAGAGCAGAGGGAGUGCGUGUUCAGCGAGAAGAGGGCCUGGGAGAGGAGUAGCAAGCGAGGUCCGUCGGAAGAUAUUGUGCCCCCUUCAGCAGUACGCCAAAGGCUGUCGGACACUAGACACAGCAGGGAGGUCCCAGACGAUGUACUCCAAGUGGUGGACGAUGGUCCAGUUCACGACGAUGACAGGCACGAUGACUUUGCCAGGCCGCAGCCAUACAUCCCUGAAGAACGUCCUGGUCGCCGUCACUCCACGUCGAAAUUGGCCAACUCCAUGAUGCGCACCGUGGUCUCCUCCGGGAAUGAUGCGCUGAACAUCCUCUUCGAGGCGGCCGCGGUUCAUAGCCAAGAGAAUAGUUCAAAUGAGCCUGGAACGCAGACGCAAAAUACGCAAACCUCUACCGCACAUGCUAGUGACGUGGAGAACUCUGAGAACCAGAUGCAGUUCAUGUUUGCUGCCGAGGCUUUGGCCAAGGCGAAGCGUCCAGUGAAGCUCUCCCUCGUCUCGAAGGAGGUACUCGAUGUUUGGGAGUCUUGUCGCUUCGUCAAAAUGGGAUGGUUUACUUCAAGAGAAGCCGUCACUUUUAUUGAUCUGUUUUUCAAGAAUAUGACACCGCUAUCUCCCAUCUUGACCAACUUCUAUGCGGAUCAUAGCAAUCACCGCUGGCUCGUGACACGUGAACCUGUCCUUUGCUGUACGAUAUUAAUGCUGUCAUCGCGGUACCAUGUCCUGCCAGGGGCCGGCGGCGAUUCCAGAAACUUCUUCAUUCACCAUCGACUCUGGCAGCAUUGCCAGCAGCUGGUGGUGCGGCUGAUAUUCGGGCAGGAGAAGUCAUCGCAUACUCGGAUAAGGAGUAUCGGCACUAUUGAGGCCCUUUUGCUAAUGUCAGAGUGGCACCCCAGGUCUCUCCACUUUCCGCCCGAAAGUGACGGGUGGGAUGCGGACAUAGCGCUGGGUCCAGAGCCCCAAGAAUCGGAAGGCUCGUCAGCUGAUAGAUGGCUCGAGGAUAUGAUCGAGCCAGCCAAGAGAUCAGAUCAGAUGUCGUGGAUGUUGCUCGGCUCGGCGUUGUCUCUAGCUCAUGAAAUGGGCAUCUUUGAGCUGGACGAAAAGAAAUGUGACCACUCUUCCGUGUAUGAAGGAUUCAUAUCUGAUGACCAGAUAAAACUCCGCAGACAGCGGGUGCAGCGGUUGUUAUACGUAUAUAUCAACCAGCUUGCCUGGCGAAUAGGCUGUGUAUCGCUUAUGCCACAGAGUCUGAACCAUGCUAUUGCAAGUCGACACGCAAAUAGAGCUUCGAGUCAGCCUGGAGACGAAUGGCUAGCGUUUAUGGAUUCCUGGAUGGAUCUCACCAAGCUGGCCAAGUCGGUUACGGAUACGUUCUUUCCUACGGUAUCGUUUGCAAGACAACAAUUACAUAGUGGACGGUAUAUCGACCUGUUGGACCAUUUCCGCACACUACUCGUCAGGUGGAAAGAAGGACACCUCCGGCCACAGGUGCUAAGCAAACACUUUUUCGAUAUUCUCUUCAUCGAAUACCACUUUGUCCGCGUCUAUACACACUCAGUUGGAAUGCAAGCGGUGGUGGAGCGUGCCGUUGCGGACAGUGAUCCCAAUGUAGAGGAUGUCCGGGCUACCAGCAUUGACCCGAUCGACUAUGAAUAUAUCCAGGAAGUAAUUGACGGCUGCUGUCAGAUCCUACAAAAAGUGACCCAAUUAGGUGAAACUGGGGCCCUGCGAUUCUCUCCCGUCCGGAUAUUCCUUCGAGUCACCAGCUCCUCUAUAUUCCUCAUGAAAGCUCUGAGCUUAGGGACCCGGCCUGCAAAGCUGUGCGAAUCACUCGACAUCCUCGAUCGCUGCGUGCAGGCGCUGAAAUCCAACGCGCUCGAUGAUAUUCAUCUGAGCUCGCGAUAUGCUGCGUUGCUAGAAAUGCAUGUAUCGCGUUUACGACGCAACUUAUUCGCCUCUUCUCGGUCGGCGAGGCAUAGCUAUAAACCAACAGUGCAACCCUCCAUGGCACCUUCGCACAGCAUGAAUGACGACAACGGUCCGAUAAUGGACGUCCCUGUGUCGCAGCACAUGGCAGAGGUGGGUUUCAUUCCAUCAUUAAAUGGCGUCGCCGCCGAUGAUUGGCUUUCCUUGCCCUUUGACCCAUCGAUGGCGCCGUUUGGGAUCAGUACGGGUGGGCAAUUUCCGGCCUAUGAAGGGGGAGCAUUGAACUUCAUCUGGAAUCUGCCAUCAUAG